CUUGUGGCACUGACGCCCAUGAUCAGCGAUGCGGCGCACACGAAUAACUGGGCGGUGCUUGUCAGCACCUCUCGCUUCUGGUUCAACUACCGACACAUGGCCAACACACUCUCCCUAUACCGCACCGUAAAGCGACUAGGCAUUCCAGACAGCCAGAUUAUUCUGAUGCUCCCGGAUGACAUGGCGUGCAACCCACGCAACACCUUCUCCGGCAGCGUCUUUAACGACAAGAGCCGGGAGCUUGACCUGUAUGACCAGAAAAAAGAUGCAGUCAAAGCAAUAGAAGAUCAGGGCGAAGAUGUUGUGGGUAGCGAAGGUGGCGAGACAACUGGUCAACCCAUGCCAGCUGGCAUUGAAGUCGACUACCGUGGCAACGAGGUCACUGUCGAGAACUUCAUCCGCCUCCUUACCGACCGCUGGCCCUCUUCCCACCCUACGUCUAAGCGGCUUAUGACGAAUGCGCACUCCAACAUCUUGAUCUACAUGACCGGUCACGGUGGCGACUCAUUUCUCAAGUUCCAAGAUGCGGAAGAAAUCUCCUCCCAUGAUCUUGCGGACGCCUUUGAGCAGAUGUACGAGAAGCGUCGCUAUAACGAGCUGAUGUUCAUGAUAGAUACUUGCCAAGCUAAUACGAUGUAUACCGAACUCUAUAGUCCAGGAAUCGUAGCUACUGGAAGCAGUGAAAAGGACCAAAGCAGCUACAGCCAUCAUGCCGACCAGGAUGUGGGUGUGGCGGUGAUUGACCGAUGGACAUACACCAACCUGGAAUUUUUGGAAACGAAGCUGAACAGUACCAGUAGCGAUGUGCGGUUGGGCGAGCUGUUCGACUACUACACCUUCGACCGUGUGCACAGUGAUGCUGGCGUGCGAUAUGAUCUCUUUCCUGGAGGCGAGGAGGCGGUGCGUGAGAAGCGUGUGCUUGACUUCUUCGGAAAUGUGCAAGGAGUGGAUGUCGAGACUGGCUCUACGUCUGCGAGAGAAAGCCUUGGCAACUGGCGUUCAGACCUCCAAGCGCUGCAACUGCUUACCGAAAGGCAGCUCAGGCACAAUGAAAGCGCGAACAGCGCCUCGCUGGUCUCGGAACAUGUGAUACCGAUUCGUCGGGAGACUGCUCCAUUGAAAACCGAUGUCGGCGACGGGCGAGUGAAGCAGGCAUUGGGUGUGGCCGCGUUAUUAGCGCUCGCUGGAGCAUGGCACUUCAUGUCGAAGCUAUGAAGAUGUAACAAGCUCCCAAGGUUCUCCCUUACGCUGCGGGUACAGCAUGGCCCGGGUCGCUGAAGAGCUGCAAAGAGGUUGUGAACCAUGAACGCAGGCCGUUGCUAUGUUCUUCGUUUGGGCCGAGGUGCUGUCCAAAGUGGCCUUGCGUAUCGCCCACCAUGAUCCUGGCGACGUUGCUAAUCUGGCUAAGAUGUCUUAUUAGUCUGCAACUCCGCCCGAAUUAGCAGAUUGCGGAAUGGUGGGCGAGCUGGAACACGUCACGCCCAUGCUCCUGACGUUCUGUCGCUGGGUUGCCGUGGCAUAUGGUUGACUUCCCAUGCAUCCUGGUAGCCUGGCAAGGCAUCAUCGAGUAUAUCUGAUGGCUGGCCCACUCCUUUUCCCGCGGUAAAUGUAUAAGACCUGGAUAUCCUGGGACACCAAAGCCACAAGGGC